AUGGAGUUAGGUAGCAUCCCAGAUGAGGCCUGUGCUGACGUCGGAUUGUAUGAGAUCUUCAAAGAUCCAAACUCGGCCCAGUCACCUUCCUGGUGGCCGGAACACUCUUCGCUCCCUUCGUCGCCUAAGACUCCUCUUGCAGACCUCAAGGUGGUUGAUCUGACGAGAGUCAUCGCAGGUCCCACCAUCACUCGGUCCAUCGCCGAGUUGGGAGCUAGUGUUAUGCGAGUGGUGUCGCCUCAUGUGACUGAUUUGUCCCCCGUUCGCCAGGACCUGAACUGGGGAAAGUGGAACACCCAUCUUCAUUUGAAAGACGAGGCAGGCGCUGAGAAGCUACGUGAGCUGAUCCGGGAGGCGGAUGUAGUGGUGGACGGAUAUCGCCCCGGAGUGAUGGAUCGACUUGGCUUCGGGCGUCAAGCCGUCUUUGAUCUCGUCAAGGAUCGCCCCCGUGGCAUCAUUCACCUGCGGGAGAACUGCUACGGUUGGUAUGGGCCAUGGGCACACCGAAGUGGCUGGCAGCAGAUUAGUGAUGCGCUUAUGAUCAUCACUAAGUCCAUUAUGGAAGCCAGUGCCCCUCUAUCCCAUGACGAUUACACGAUCGCGUGGAUAUGCGCCAUGCCUAUGGAGAUGUCAGUUGCUAGCCUGAUGCUGGACGCAGUACAUCUGUCUCUACCUAAACCGCCGAUGGAUGGAAAUAAGUAUAUCCUAGGAAAUAUCGGAGAUCACAAUCUAGUUAUUACCUGUUCACCAAGGGGCGCAUACUACGGCCAAUCACCUAAAUUACUAGCAAUGGGGUUGUUGUCGAGUUUCCGCUCUAUCCAGCUCAGUCUGAUGGUUGGUGGAGGUGGAGGUGUACCAAGCAGCAAUGCAGAUAUUCGACUAGGCGAUAUUGUGGUGAGCAACUUAGAAGACAAAUCCGGGGGCGUGAUCCAAAUUUCCGACAAAGCGUUCAGCGCUGGUCAAUUCCAGCAAGAAGGGAUGUUUAAGCGGCGACCUAACCUUGUGCUGGUAGAGGUCCUGAGUAAAUUGAGAAGAAAUCAUCGAUUGGGAGUGAGCCGGAUGGUUGAAUUCAUUUCUAGUGCCCAAGAUAAAUUACCCCUCGAUCGAGCUGCAGAACUUGCACGAUCAAAACAACAGGACUACUUAUUCCAAGCAGACUAUGAUCAUAUCGAGCCCUCUUCUUUCACGCCAAGGGCACGAGAAACUCGAUCAGACUCUGGUGAGCGAAAAUAUCUCUACAUCGACGAUAAACAAUCUAUCUACACACCUAGGACUAGUAUUUCCCCUUUGAAGCCGCAAAGCUCCCUUUCUGCAUUGGUAGAUGAUUUGUUCAACAAUGUCCGGCUGGGUCAACACGCCCAUCAACCUCCGGAAACAAUUCAAAGCACUUUUUCUCGACUUUUGAAGGCAUUCGCACUGAGGCUUGGCGCAUUCUGCCCGACCCAGACGCACCGGGAUAUCAUGGUAUUUAUCUACCAACGUAGUGAUGAGAUUGCACGUAGUUUGACAAUGAAAUACCUGCAAGUCUAUCACAAAGACCCCCAACCUGACGACACUAAAAUAAAGUCAUGGGAUCACAUGGAGCCCUGGAACUGGAGCCUAGACGAUAUCGUUGGUGUUGUUAAGAAUCCAGAAAAAAGCACAGUUACCUCAACUGUCCGCGAGAACACAUCUGCGGCAGAUGAUGACAGAACCCCACCUGAACUCGCGGCAGGGAAGUUGAUUUCUGGUAGCCUAGUGUACCAAUGGCUUCUUGGAAACAUUCGAAGAAAAAUCUACUUGCACCUGGCUGUGUCGAACCUACAGGAAGCUAUUCACGAGAGAUUUUUGAUUCUCUGUCGUCGAUUGAUGGAACAGGGCUUUGACAGGAGUGAAGAUCGCUUGAUUGGAAAGAUAAUUACAAUUACAGGGUCCAGCCAGGAUGCUCAAGCAAUGACUUCGUUGGAAUAUUUUCAUCAGACGUGGCAUUCAUCUAGAGCCAACAUCCUACAGCUCGUCGAGGCGGUCGCGAAUGAGCCCGCCUACGAACACAGAUGUACCCUUAAAGACAACACAGAACUUCUGGCAUGGGUAAAGGGGGGCAACCUUGUCGUGGAAGUCACGAGGAUAGAUGAUGCAGUUGUAGAAAUUGGCGAGCAACUUGCAUGGCUAGGCUCUGCACUCCGUUCCUCCCCCCACGAUACCAAAAUCGCGUACUGCACACCAUUUGUUAGCAGCACUCACAUUGAAAAUACUCCAACUCAAACGGCGGAAGCACCAAACUCUCCACGGAUUUCGUGCAGUAUCGAUUUCAAGUUUGACGAUGGGGGGCAGACGAGACCUCUGUCAUCCACGGGACAGUGCUGGCACCACUUGUUCCGAAAUCCGACCGUGGUGACGGGUUUUUCAAUACCAUACCGUUGCAGGCAGGGCACUGGCCUUGAAAUCCCACUCAACAUCCUGGCAGGUCUGAUUCGAGCGAAACAUGUGAACUUCUUUGGUGACAAACUGUUUAUCAAGGAAUUUUCCACCUUGCUGGUCCCCACUGCAUACCUCAGAGACCAAGAUCAGAUUAUAUGGCACCUGCUUUAUAACGUUGAUGGGAAUCGCAUUUUGUACCUGGAGGGAAUUGAAGCUCAUGUAGGUCAUAUUACACUUGCCGACUUAGAGACGAGCGGACACUUUCUCGGUUGGUUCUCAGACGCAAGGUGCUAUGCCGGCGCACCUGAUGCCAAUUAUCUGAUUAACCGGUCCUGGUUCCGGCGACCAUCCCCUCGCGGAAGGUUGAACAACACACUUAUCUCAGCAUGCAGAGAGAUUACUGGUGGCGACACAUUUACCUACGGCAACAAGGAUCAGCCUUACCGAGUAAUUCGGGACGAGUACAUCGAAAAGCUGUCGUGGGUCUCCAAGCAGUUCGUGGUAAUGUGGGAUGCGGGAGAGAAACGAGGAUGGUUGUUGAAUUUGACAGACAUCAAAGGCCCGAGGAGGGCAUUCACUCUUAGCUCUGCCAUGGAAGUCCUUUUGAACCCCGAUAACCUAUCCCUAGAGCUUUAUGAAACAAGGAAAGACGAAACAGCUGAAGCAACGAUACCACCAGUUCGGAUUCGAGAUAGGAUCAACCGUUUGUAUAGCAUGCUCGAGAAGAUCAUGGACCACCAAGCAGGAAUAAUGGGGACAGACGGCAAAACACCACCUGAUAUGCCUCGGGGCAAUCUGGAAGGAUGGGACUUCGAGGAUCUGGCGACCCAUGAAGACCCUUUGUAUCCUCGGGUUUGCUAA